AUGGAUUCAAUAAAAUGCAGCUCCAGUUUCCUCCAUCGAACCAAACUCAACAUUCUCUUCUCUAACCACACUUCCCCUAAAAUCUCCACGCCCAAUUUCAAGCGACUCUUUCGUCCGUCUUCGCGGCCAUUAUCGCUUUCCGCAAAGGACAGAAGAAGUAACAUCGAAGCUGAAAAUGUCGUCGUAGUGGAGAAACCUCUUAAAUCGGAGAGAUUUCUUAUCUCCGAUGGACUUCCUUCCCCAUUCGGCGCCACCGUCAGAGACGACGGCGUCAAUUUCUCUGUUUACUCUGCAAACUCCGUCUCCGCCACCAUCUGCUUGAUUACUCUCUCCGAUCUCCGUCAGAACAAAGUGACUGAGGAGAUUCAGCUCGAUCCAUCAACGAAUAGAACCGGCCAUGUUUGGCAUGUGUUCUUGAAAGGAGAUUUCAAAGAUAUGUUGUAUGGUUACAGAUUUGAUGGGAAUUUUUCUCCCGAAGAAGGUCACUAUUAUGAUUCUUCCAAUAUUUUAUUGGAUCCUUAUGCAAAGGCGAUAAUAAGCAGAGAUGAGUUUGGAGUUUUGGGAGCUGGUGAAAAUUGUUGGCCUCAAAUGGCGUGUAUGGUUCCCACUCUUGGUGAAGAGUUUGAUUGGGAGGGGGAUAUGCAUCUGAAGCUUUCACAGAAGGAUCUUGUCAUAUAUGAAAUGCAUGUGCGAGGUUUCACAAGGCAUGAAUCUAGCAAAAUUGAAUUCCCUGGCACAUACCUGGGUGUUGCAGAGAAGCUUGACCAUUUGCAGGAGCUUGGGAUAAAUUGCAUAGAAUUAAUGCCAUGUCACGAGUUUAAUGAGCUGGAGUAUUACAGCUACAAUACGAUAUUGGGAGACCAUAGGGUAAAUUUUUGGGGUUACUCUACCAUUGGGUUCUUCUCGCCCAUGAUCAGAUACUCAUCAUCGGCAAGCUCUCGCAACUUUGCUGGAAGAGCCAUAAAUGAGUUCAAAAGUCUUGUUAAAGAGGCACAUAAACGAGGAAUUGAGGUCAUCAUGGAUAUCGUUUUGAACCACACAGCCGAAGGCAAUGAAAAAGGACCCAUUUUCUCAUUUAGAGGAGUUGAUAACAGUGUUUAUUACAUGCUUGCUCCAAAGGGCGAGUUCUAUAAUUAUUCAGGAUGUGGUAAUACAUUCAACUGCAAUCAUCCUGUGGUGCGUCAAUUCAUAGUGGACUGCCUGAGAUAUUGGGUAACAGAAAUGCAUGUCGACGGCUUCCGCUUUGAUCUUGGUUCGAUCAUGUCAAGGACCAGCAGCCUUUGGGAUGCAGCCAAUGUUUAUGGGGCUGAUGUAGAAGGUGACUUGCUGACAACUGGGACCCCUGUUAGCUGCCCUCCAGUAAUUGACAUGAUAAGUAAUGAUCCAAUACUCCGUGGUGUUAAGCUAAUAGCUGAAGCAUGGGAUGCGGGUGGGCUAUACCAAGUUGGGAUGUUUCCACACUGGGGUAUUUGGUCUGAGUGGAAUGGAAAGUUCCGUGAUGUUGUGAGACAGUUCAUAAAAGGCACUGAUGGCUUUUCCGGUGCUUUUGCUGAAUGUCUCUGUGGAAGCCCAAAUUUGUACCAGGGAGGUAGGAAACCUUGGCACAGCAUCAAUUUUGUAUGUGCGCAUGAUGGUUUCACGUUGGCAGAUUUAGUAACUUACAACAAUAAGAAUAACUUGGCAAAUGGAGAAGAGAAUAAUGAUGGAGAGAAUCACAAUUGCAGCUGGAACUGUGGAGAGGAAGGAGACUUUGCGAGUAUCUCGGUGAAGAGAUUGAGGAAACGACAGAUGCGAAAUUUCUUUGUUUCCCUCAUGGUUUCCCACGGAGUUCCAAUGAUCUACAUGGGAGAUGAAUAUGGCCAUACAAAAGGGGGAAACAACAACACUUAUUGCCAUGACAACUAUUUGAACUAUUUUCGGUGGGAUAAAAAGGAAGAAGCACAUUCUGACUUCUUCAGAUUUUGCCGUCUUCUUAUCAAGUUUCACGAUGAAUGUGAAUCACUUGGCCUGAACGACUUCCCAACAGCAAAGCGUCUGCAAUGGCAUGGUCUUGCUCCUGGAAUGCCAGAUUGGUCUGAAGCAAGUCGAUUUGUUGCAUUUUCACUGGUGGAUUCUGUGAAGAGAGAAAUCUAUGUGGCCUUCAACACGAGUCAUUUAGCCACACUUGUUACACUGCCUGACCGUCCUGGAUACCGAUGGGAACCAUUUGUAGACACGAGCAAACCAAGCCCUUUCGACUGCAUAACACCGGACCUCCCGGAGAGAGAAACGGCCAUGAAGCAAUAUAGACACUUUUUAGAUGCAAAUAUGUACCCAAUGCUCAGUUACUCUUCCAUCAUUCUCCUUCUCUCACCAAUUGACGAUAACUGA